AUUGUUUUCAACGCUCAUUGGAGCGGACGAAGAACUUAGUGGCUGAGUAAUUGUUACAGGGAACGACGCACUUGAAAAGUAUUUACAGACAAAUGGAGAAACGAUCCUCGUCCGCCAUGCAAGUGCUCUAUGCGGAGCUGGCCGCAGCAAAGGCACGUAGUCUCAAACUGGAGGAGGAGAAUGUUCUACUACGCCAUCGCCUCAAUCGAGUGUCCUCGGAUCACCACACGAGCGCAGCCGUGGAUGUGCAGGCCAAGAUUGUGGCAUUCCAGAUGGAGGAGGAGCGCGAUCAGCUGGUGGAGACCCUGCAGCUGCACAAAAAGAAGUACAACAAACUGCACGAUGCCUACCUGGAGAAGCUAAAGCGCUGCAAGGCACUCGAGGAGAUGUUCAAGCGGCAGAAGACUCUCACGGGUCUGGUGAUGAAAUCCGCCUUGGAUCAGCGGAACACAGAGCAGCGAAUGAUGUUGGAGAAGCGGCUGUCGGCACAGAACGAGUGCAGCGAAAUCGAGCAGCUGAAGGCACAAGUGGAGAAGCUCCAAAGAGCUCUGGAUGAGUCAUACGACAUCAUCGAUGAAAUGGACUUUGAGCUGGACAGCGUGGACUUGCUGGAGACACAGAAUCAAACACUGCGCGAAGAGGUGGCUGCUCUAAAGGCGAAACUAGUAGCGGUAGAAGUGGCCGGCUAUAAUGAGUCUGCUCCAGCCUUAGAUGAUGAUCCUCCGCCCAAGUACCAACCGGAAGAUCCGACUACCCCUCACGUGUGUCGCAACUAUCGACAGCAUGUGGUCUCUUCCUGCUGUGAGUCCUGCUUGAAGGAUGAUGAUGCCGACGGCGAGACCAUGGAGCGAGCGGCUCUCACCAACAGCCUGAUCCAAACUGUCGAGACGGAGAGCAAUAGCCUGCGACGGGAGCUACUCCGAUCUCGUUGCCAGCUAAAAGUGCGUACCAAGCUGGAGAAGGAGAGCGAGGAGAACAAUGAGGAAUAGCAGGGGGACGACUUAUUAAGCGACAAACAAGCCACAAAUGAUGACAAACCAUAGCCCGAAAUAACUGACACGAUAAACCAAACAUUGACAACCAGGGGACGGAAAUGGACAAGUCGGCCCACAACUAACUGAUCGAAGACCGACCGAAAAACCGACCCCACAGAGUGCAAGUCUAACCCAGAUUCGGAGCAAGUUACGCCUAACAAGUGCACAUACCAGAGAUUGCUUUUAAGGUUCGACAAACACGAUCUGCAGCUGAACCAAAUGCAAAUCCACAUCCAAAUGCUUUGAGAUAAGAGCAACCUGAAUAACUUGGGGCUGUGGCAGGCCAAAAAGUAAACCCCGUUCAAUUUCUAAUGGCGAUUAAUUAAAAUAUUUGUUAAUGGCAUCCAACAUGCUUGCUGUGUGUGUCCCAAUCAAAGGAUCCCGUCUGUCCUGUAAUUCAUGAAGGUUCCACAGCACACCAUGCCCCCACACACCGCCCCAAACCCGCAUCAGCUCUCCAAUCAAACAAACAUGACAAUUAUUUUUUAUGACUUAAUGUAGAGUCACAGAGUCGCGGGCCAACGUUGCCCAAUGGCUGGUCUGUAUUUGAGUUGCAAAUUAUUGACAAAAUAAAUUAAUCUGCGCAUUUGUUGGACCGACUAACGGACCACAACGCGCACUAACUAACGCA